GAAGAGGUCGAUGCCUCGAUCUUCGACUACGACUCGUUCCACGAUGCCAAGCAGUCCGUGACGGAAGCGAAACAGGAAGCGGCGCGACAAGAAGCUAUUGAGCGGAAGCCGAAGUAUAUCAACAAUCUACUUGACGCGGCCGCGCGGCGGAAACAGGAUCAACAAGUCGCACGGGAGAAGUUUCUCCAGAAGGAGCGGGAAGCCGAGGGUGAUGAGUUUGCGGACAAGGAGAAGUUCGUCACGAGUGCGUACAAGGAGCAGCAGGAGGAGACGCGGCGAUUAGAGGAAGAGGAGAAGAGGAAGGCAGAGGAGGACGAGAAGAGGAAGAGACAUACGGGAGGUGGAAUGCAGGGCUUCUACAGGACGAUGAUGGACCAGUCAGAACGUCAACAUCAAGAAGCGGUCGAAGCUGCAGAAAGAGCGGAAAAGGAUGGCACAGCCAAGAACCGUGUGGAGGAGAAGAAAAAAUCCGACGCGGAGCUCGCGGCAGAUCUCAAAGCGAAAGGUGUCAAUAUCCACGUCAACGAGGAAGGUCAGAUCACAGACAAGCGAGAGCUUCUCACAGCUGGUCUCAACGUCGCGCCUGCUGGUAAGUCGUCGGGUUCGAAGGGAUCAGAUCACCUCAAGACGUCUGCUCGAGCGAAUCAAUCUGCGUUCCCGUCUCGAAAUGCAGGAUCUCAGCAGGCUCAGAGGGAACGCCAGACGAGGAUGAUGGAGGAGCAGCUCGAGGCGCAGAAUAAACGUGCGAGAGAGGAAGAAGAGGAAGAAAAGGCACGAUUGGAGCGUGCGGCGAAGACUACCAAGACAGACAAGGACGUCAGUGACGCAAAAGCGAGGUAUCUGGCGAGAAAG